AUGUACAAACUGGCAAGCUCCUACCGUUUUCACUUCUUCCUUUACUUCCUGGCUGAUGUGCUUGAGCAGCUCAACAUUUUGAACAAGACCUUCCAGCAGAAACAGCUCGAUCUGGUGUCUUUGCAUGCGCAGAUCAAGCGGACAACGCGUCACAUCGAGAGCCGCUACGUGGACUGCGGCGAUGACUUCGGCGGCGGCAUGAGCCAGUGGCUGUCACCUUUCCUGCUGCGCCAUGGCCCGGGGUGUAGCCGCGAAGUGAAGGUGGAAGGUGUCGACAGUGACGGCCGACCAUCUUCUAUCACGUUCACCCUUCACGACGAGCCCGUGGACUCGUACAGCGGCCCGGAGGACCACUACGGGUGCAUCCAGUUGUGCACCGAGUUCGCAGAGAGGAUCGUGGCGAACCUGGAGGGAAGGCUCGGUGAUCUCGACUCCCUCUCUGGAGUCCGCCUGUUCACACCAGAUGCAUGGCCACAAAGCAAGUCUGAGCGGAACGCUCGUUGCCUGGAGUGGCUUCAGUCGCUGGUGACGAUGUUCAAGGCUCAGGACCGCGAGAACAAGAAGGGCAAGCACGAGGAGGAGCCAGUAGAUGUAGAUGAUGAGGAGGAGCCAGUAGAUGUAGAUGAUGAGGAGGAGCCAGUAGGAGAUGCAGGAGGUUGUUCUAGUGAUGAAGAUGAAAUGAGCAGCUAG